AGUGAAAGUUCUUCUCAGUGUGAUCAGAGCUGCAGACGAGUCUGUGGAACCGUCCAACAAACCUUAAACCCACUUCAUCAGAUCUGUUUCAAGUCUCAUUGAUAUGGCUGCUGCCGGUCGUGUCCGAUCUGAAGAUCAGUUCCGGUGUUCCAUCUGUCUGGAUUUCUUCACUGAUCCAGUCACAAUACCAUGUGGACACAACUUCUGCAAAUCCUGCAUCUGUGAACACUGGAGGGUUAAUGUCCCAUAUCAGUGUCCCAUGUGUAAAGAGAUUUUCAACACAAAACCUCAGCUGAAGAUCAACACGUUCAUCUCAGAGAUGGUGGCUCAGUUCAGACAUGAAGCUCAACAUGAACCAAACAUCUACAGCUCAGACCAACAAGCUGCCAAACCAGGAGAAGUUCCCUGUGACGUCUGCACUGAACCCAAACUGAAGGCCCUGAAGUCCUGCCUGGUGUGUCUGACCUCCUACUGUCAGACUCAUCUGGAACCUCAUCAGACAGUUCCAGCACUGAAAAGACAUCAGCUGAUCCAACCUGUGGAGAACCUGGAAGACAGGAUGUGUAUGAAACACGACAAACCUCUGGAGCUGUUCUGUAAAACCGACCACACAUGUAUCUGUCACCACUGCACCUACUCAGACCACAAAAGCCAUGAUGUUACUCCUUUGAAAGAUGAACAUAAAAAGCAGAAGGCAGAGCUGAAGAAGACAGAGGCUGAAAUUAAGCAGAUGAUCCAGGAGAGAAGACUGAAGAUCCAGGAGAUCCAACAAUCAGUGGAGCUCAGUACGAAUACUGCAGACAGAGAGGCAGCAGAAGGUGUGAAGGUCUACACUGCUCUGAUCAAGACUGUUCAGACAAGUCUGAACCAGUUCAUUGAGGAGAUCCAAGAAAAGAAGAGGAGCACCAAGAAACAGGCUGAAGACGUCAUCAAAGAGCUGGAACAGGAAAUCUGUGAGCUGGAGAAGAGAAGCACUGAGGUGAAGCAGCUCUUAGGCUCUGAAGACCACCUCCACUUUGUCCAGAGGUUCACAUGUGUCAAAGCUGCUCCAUCCAUGAAGACCUGGACAAAGGUCAGCAUCCAUCCAUCAUAUGAGGGGACUGUGGAGAGAGCUGUGCAUCAGCUGGAGGACAAACUCAGAAAAGAAAUGAAGAAGAAGGUGUUUGAAGCUGAACUGAAGAAAGUCCAACAGUAUGAGGUGGAUCUGACUCUGGAUCCAGAUACAGCUUAUCCUUAUCUCAUCCUGUCUGAUGAUGGAAAACAGGUUCAUGAUGGUGAUGAAGAGAAGAACCUUCCAGACAAUCCACAGAGAUUCACUGGUGAUUGGUGCAUCUUAGCGAAGCAGAGUUUCUCUUCAGGCAGGUUUUACUUUGAGGUUCAGGUCAAAGGAAAGAUUAAAUGGACUUUAGGAGUGGUCAGAGAGUCCAUCAACAGGAAAGGACUGAUCACAGCGACUCCUCAGGACGGAUACUGGACCAUCUGUUUGAUAAAUGGAAAUGAGUACUAUGCUUUUGCUGAUUCUAUUGUCCGUCUGUCUGUGCAGUCUGGUCCUCAGAAGGUGGGGGUGUUUGUGGAUUAUGAGGAGGGUCUGGUCUCCUUUUAUGACGUAGGUUCUUCAGUUCUCAUCUACUCCUUCAUUGGCUGCUGCUUCAAUGAUAAACUCCUCACAUUCUUCAAUCCACGUUAUAAUGAUGGAGGUUCAAACUCUGCUCCUCUGAUCAUCACUCCUGUCAGACACUGAGGAACAAACUCAUCAGAUGCACAGAUUUUCUCAGAUUUACUGGAGUCACUAAACUUAGUGAUGAUGUAAACUGUUUGAACGUGUAUGAAUCUGGAUCCAAAUGCACUGAAAUACUAACAUUAGUGCUGAGAAUAAUCCUGGUUUGACUCAUUCUGAUGUCUGUGAUUGAAUCCAAUGAUAAUGAUGGUGUUUGAAUGUGAACUGGAAUUCAAAAUGUUGGGAUUGUGAAUGUGUUUCAAUUAUGGGAUUGAUUUUAUACAUUUAAAUGAUAGAAGUGUUCAGGAGAAUUCAAUAUUCAAUAAUAACAGUACAGAUUCUGUUCAUCAGCUUUAAUAAAUACACUCAUAUACUGUCUGCAUUUGAAAUAAGAAAAAACAUUAAAUAUUAAAUGUUUGCUGAGUUGUUUUCUAUUUGUUCGUAGACAAACACAUGUAAUUAUUGCAAAAACUGUAAUUAUUUUCAACUCUGACGGAGGUUAUACCAGAAUAUUUAAGACCAAAUAUAUUGAAAUGAUUCAUCGGUUAUUCAAAUAUUUUCUGAUUAAAUUUACUGAAGUUGAAAUCCAAUCAAUCCAUUUGAUAAAUCACAAACCUUCGACUGAUUUGGAUGAUUCUGCUCAAAUAUCUGAACUAUGUAUUUACAUGUAAACUAUGAUGAAAUAGAUGGAAACAUUCACAUUAUUUCUC